AUGUCAUCGAACAUCAGUCAACCCUCUCAAAUAUCCUCCGAAACCUCCAAAUUUAUAUUUGUAGAAACUCGAGGUGAUUUAUUUAAUGAUGCACCAGCGGAUUCAAGUUUAGCUCAUUGUGUAUCAGCUGAUUUUAAAAUGAGCAAAGGUAUAGCCAAAAUAUUUAAAAAACUGUAUGGCACGCGAGGAUUAUCUGAUCAACAUAAAAAAGUUGGUCAAGUCGCUACACUUCCAGAUAAUAAUCGAUAUAUUUUUUAUAUCAUUACAAAAAAAAUAUAUUCUCAAAAACCUACAAAGGAAGAUUUUGAAUCGGCUAUAAAUGAUCUAAGAAAAGUGUGUGAAGAAAAAAAUGUUAAGCUUUUAUGUUUACCUAGAAUUGGGACUGGAUUGGAUAAAUUGCCUUUGGAAUACGUGCAUCGAACUAUCAGACAAGUUUUUGAUGGACACGAAAUGAAAAUGAUUAUGUUUUACUUGUGA